AGAUCUUCGCAGCAACGUCGAUGAGGCAUAUGCCGCGGUAGUUCUCGCAUCUUGUCUUAUCCCCCUUCUUGAGGAUAGGUACAAAGAUGCCUAAGUCCCAGUCAUCAGGAACAACCUCGUUUCUCCACGCUCCUUCAGUCACCUCAUGUAGCCAGGGCGCCAGAGUGUUGACACAGGACUUAAAGAUUUCAGCGGGUAUACCGUCCUCUUCGGGUGCGUUGUCGUUACGUAACUUUCGUAUGGCGUCGACUAGCCAUGUAAUAUACGGACCGCCCUUGUUUUAGCCUAUCGCAGUUUAAUUGGGAACCAAGUCGUGUGUGCGAGUCACCGCGCACCCACUUCUUGGACCACGGGCCGCAAGUCGUUGCUUACGACGGCCGGACUGUCGUCUUCAGAUGUUGGUUGAAGUUAUGGCCAGUUGCCGUCUGCGCUUCACUUAAUUUUUAUGUACUACCACCAUUGAACUAUUCAGCGUUUGCACCAUAUCAACACUUGUAUACCCUGCAGGUUACGGAACGUGCUCGCUCCAUUGUGCCUUGGGACCCAUGCUACUGUGCGACCGCCAGCGAGGGUUUUGGUAUGAGCCUCAUGGCACGACGGAACGAGCACGUGCCGUAACGUGAUCGUUGAGCGCCUAUCUGUCAUAAUUGAUACUCCCUACAGGACAACGGACCCGUGGCUCAAUGGUAGUGUCAAACUACAUAACUAAAGAUCCCGGGUUCAAGUCUCAAGUGAUCCACAAUUGGGGUUAGGUAUGACUGGCUGAUGACGGCUAAUAAGCCAGAAAUGACCAUUCCGGUGACCCUUGUUUCUGUCGGUACCAUCUCACAAUCAUCAGUGUUUAGCAAACGUCGCUCGAGUUGUUUGGAUGCGAUGGGUCAGUCGUUCUGAUCUCAGAAAUCUUCGUCAGUGGGAACUUGAACCGACAUAACCCUUUUUCGACUUGUCACCUCGCGAGGAGGUCUGAAUGUAGACUCCACUGGCAGGUUGUGUCCGCAGGUGAAAACGAGGGAACUUGCAGUGUCGUUUGUUACUGAUUAUUGUCUAAUAUUAUUGCUGCUUCACAAACAGUAUGCUUUCUCCUCACCCCUCUUCCACUUUGUUUUCUCCCCCACGUACGCCAUCAGAUGUAGUCGAUGAGGCUGCGGUCAGCCAUAAAUUUCAUUUCUUGAUUUCAUCCCUCCUUAACACAUCUCUGACUUUUAAUAAAAUUUUCCCUCUCAAAUUAUGCAAAUGACCGCACUUUAUGCUGAGUGUAUAUAACUGCACUCAAAAUUUCAUAUGUACACUGAAAAUACCGCCUGCCGCACCCUUCGCAGUCCCGCAGUGUAAAAACGUUUUCCCUGAACAAAUACGUUACUUACAACAUUUUAGUAAGAUGUGCAUUUAACAUUUAUAUUGUAUGUGCCGUUUUCAAUAGGGUCAUCAAGGUCAUUGCCUAUUACCCUAAAAUACACUAUUAUUAUACAGAUGUCCUGGAAUUGAAACCAGCCGUAACGCGAAAGCUGCGCAGGCGCACUCCCGAAUCGGCGGCCUCCUGCGGGACAAAGUUCGGAUAUUGGGGCGACAUCCUGCUAUAUGGUUCCUCCUGGACUCUCCCCUCUGCCUCCAAAACCCUUUCCUCUUCCGAUUCCGGCGCUGGUCAAUCUCAGCCCACCUCCGUAGGCACCCCGCUCAGCCCACCGCCGACUAAGGUGGGAGACUCAGAGCCGGGCGAUCAGAAUGCGCCCUCAUCUGCUCCCCCCAGCGGUGGCGCUUGCGGCAGUAACGCCAACCUCUUUGGCAGCCUGAGCGUUAAUGUGGAAGAUAGCAGCCUAAUGACACACCUUCUGGCCUCCCUGAAUGCGGCCAGCGACAACGGCAGCGGUGGCGUGGGUGGUCUCAGCUCCGCCGGCGCAUACUUCGCCUCGAGCCUGAACCAGUCCGGCUCCGCCCUCUCCAGCCUCCUCUCAGGUGGGGCAGCCAGUGCAGCCGGCGGCGGUGCGGGUGGCGGUGGCGGCACUGGCAGUGGAACUGUCGGCCUCAGCUUUCUCUCCGCUGCCGCCGCACCGGCCACCUCCGCUACCGUCCUCGGCUUCCCAUCCGCCGCCGCCGCCGCUGCGGCAGCUCUGGUCGGCGCCGGUGUUGGUUGUCUUCAACCGCCCAAACGCAGGAAACAACAGACUUCACAACCGUUUACGCAGUUAACUCUUCUGUUGCCAGAAAAUGACAUUUACUCGGAUUUGACCGCAAUUCACAGGUGAGCCUUACUUCUGGUGUCGCUCGUGUCGCUUCCUGGCACGCACUGAUGACGAGGAUAAGCAGACGGACCGAUCCGUUGUCUAGAAACCCUUGAGGACUUAGCGUUUCGUCAUAUUUGGCGGUAAUCCUUUGCAAAUUACCAACUGUUUGACUCCGGCGCAACGGUAGGAUCUACGUCCUUGUUAUUCUAUUGUUUAAUCCGACUUCGUCACCCCUGCCUUCCCCUGCGACUUGGUUGUCGCUUUUGUAAAGAGUGCGACGCUGAAAAUGUGAAAGUGCAGUAGUUCGUCAAUCGCUGGCGACGAAUACCGCCUUUAUCCCUUAGUCCCACUGACGAUUUCCGUAUAUUUCGGGCUCAGCGGGUUCGAUCGGGAAUAUAUAAUGACAACGGGCCCGUGGCCCAGUGAUUAGAGGCGUGGUCUUCUAACUAACAGGUCGCGAGUUCGAGCCUCGGGUGUUCCACACUUCGGGGUUGGGUAUGACUGGUUGGCGAAUGCUAAUAAUUUGAAGCAUUUUGUCCCCGGUACGAAGCUGAAGUAGGCAAGAACAGC